UCCCUCACAUUAAUAUGCAUCUUAUCUUCAUACCACUAAUAAAACCAUAACAAUAAAAGCCAAAACAAAAAAAUCCCAUCUCUCUCUCUCUCUCUCUCUCUCUCUAUGGACUUCAAUCUGAAGCAAUGGAGAAACAAGCAACAUGAGUCAGAAGAAGAAGAAACACCAACUUCUUCUGCAAAAAUACCAAGAGACUUCGACUCUGUUUCUGAUUCUGCUCUUCCAUUGUUUGUAUCUCAACCAACUACUAAAUUGUCAGAUUCAACAACCACUACUCCUACCAAAUUUCCCAGGAUGGAGAGUAGUUACUUCAGUUUGGGCCAGUGGCAGGAGCUUGAACUACAGGCUUUGAUAUAUAGACAUUUUAUAGCGGGUGCACCUGUUCCUCCUGAACUCCUACAUCUUGUUAAGAAAAGCAUUAUCACUUCUCCUUCUUCAUAUUAUUUCUCUCAUCCCUUUCAACACUAUCCUCAUUACCAGCAAGCCUUGAUGCAAUCGGGAAGAGCAGCAAUGGAUCCAGAACCAGGGAGGUGUCGUAGAACAGAUGGGAAGAAAUGGAGGUGUUCAAGGGAUGUAGUGGCUGGCCAGAAAUACUGCGAGCGCCACGUUCAUCGUGGCCGCAGCCGUUCAAGAAAGCCUGUGGAAAUUCCCACACCUGCCAUUAAUGGUGGUAAACUCAACACUAGUACUAAUGUUUCUCAUCAAAACUUGCCAGGCCAUUCUGCUGCUACGUCUACUCCUCAUUUUUCUCUAUCUCUACCUUCACCUUCCAUUCAUACUCUUCAUCUCAAUCAAAGGCCAACUGAGUCCAAAAAGGGUCCACUAGAAGCCCAAAAAGAUGUAUCUGCUGAUGGUAAAUCUAGUGGCCAAAUCCUACGCCAAUUUUUUGAUGAUUGGCCUAGCCAACUUCAAGAAGUUGACAAUGUUGGAAGCAACUCAAGCUCAGUAGCUUCUGCUACCAGCCUUUCCAUUUCAAUGCCCGGAAACCCAUCGUCCGACUUCUCGUUGAAGCUCUCGACCGGGAACGGCUAUGAAUCCAGCCCUCAAGUCAGUAAUGUUGAACGAUCUACAUGGCGAACAUCAAUGGGUGGUGGGCCACUAGCCGAGGCCUUAAGGUCAUCGACGACUAACUCGUCCCCAACCAGCGUUUUGCAUCAGUUGUCACGAGGUAGCACGUCGGAGGCCAGCUAUAUUAGCACUUGAUAUUGCUAGUGUCGUGUUGAUUUUUCAUGACAAAGGACGUGUUUUUUUGGACUUUGUUGGUUUUUUGUUUCCUUGCUUGUGCUGUUGUUUAUUGUUCAUUUGCAUUUGAGUAUUCACUAACUAUCAGCUGUACAAAUUCUCAAGGAA